ACUGACGCACGUGCGAGAGAACAACAGCAAAACUACAGACCGAGCUCUCUCUGAGUUUUUUCGUGCGUCGGUUGGUGAGACAGCAUCAAAUCUGCGGGUGGUCGUCGCUGGUGUCGAGAACAGCUGACAGGGCGGGGACAGUAUGACGCUCGUUCCGAAGAAAGAUCAAGAGGACGAAGACGAGUUGUCGUCGUGCACAUCCGAUGAGGAUGAAAUGAUCGACGAGCCUCAGGGGCGAGAUGAGGAUGAGGAGGAAGAUGAAGAUGAAGAGGAGGAGGAGGGAGAAGGAGAUACCGUGAUGGAAAACGACGGUGGAGAUGAAGAAGAAGACGGAGCAGCUCCCAAAGAGAAAGAGGUUUUCGUCCCCGGCAGAUCAACGCUUGCCGAAGAUGAAGAACUCGUUAUGGACAAAUCUGCCUAUGAGCUCUACCACCAUGCAACAACGGCAGAUCCUUGUUUAUCGUUUUCCGUGCUGAAAGACCAUCUCGGCGAUAACCGAAGCGACGUGUAUCCCUUGACGACCUACCUUGUGGCCGGCACGCAAGCGGCACGUCACGGGCAGAACAAUCUGCUUUGCAUCAAGAUGUGGAACCUGCACCGGACAUCCUCCAAAACCGAGGCUGGAGACAGCGAGGAUGAGGAGGACGACGACAUCGACGACGAUGACACCGGUGUCAGCAAAAAACCCAGGCUCAAUGUUGUUCACGUCCCCCACUCUGGAGAAGUGAAUCGAGUCCGGGUCCAGGAUCUCAACGAUAGGAGAAUAUGCGCGAGCUGGUCCGACAACGGAUCGGUGUAUCUCACAGACCUGACAGACGCUCUGAAAGCAUCCGAAAAACAGGAGUUGAUCUCUCAGUUCGUCAGGAACAAGGCGGCCCCCAAACCUUUCUUCAAGUUCUCAGGCCACCCGACUGAAGGUUUCGGGAUGGAUUGGUCCCCCGUCGCGCCCGGUCUCUUGGCUACAGGAGAUUGCGCGAAGAACAUCCAUGUCUGGAGACCAAGCGAAGGCGGAAGAUGGAAAGUCGAUGACAGACCCCUUGUCGGUCAUACGAAGAGCGUUGAAGACAUCCAGUGGUCUCCGAACGAAGGGACUGUUCUGACCAGCUGCUCCGUCGAUAGAACUAUCCGCGUUUUCGAUAUCAGGGCGAACCCUUCGAAAGCUUGCAUGUUGACCGUAGAGAACGCACAUUCGAGCGACGUUAAUGUAAUUUCCUGGAACCGAACGGAUCAAGCAUUCCUAUUAUCGGGUGGAGACGAUGGAGCGAUUAAGAUUUGGGACUUCCGACAAUUCAAGAGCGGGAAACCCGUGACCACCUUCAAAUUCCACGGAGCUCCGAUUACCUCUGUAGAGUGGCAUCCGAGCGACAGCAGCGUUUUCACGGCAUCGUCAGAAGACGAUUGCGUGACUCUCUGGGAUCUUGGAGUCGAGAGAGACAACAUCGAGGCCGAGGAGGGUACUCUCAGAGAUCUACCCCCGCAACUUUUGUUCAUCCACCAGGGUCAGAAGGAAGUCAAAGAAUGCCAUUGGCAUCCUCAAAUGCCGGGCGUGUUGGUGAGCACGGCCUACAGUGGUUUCAACGUGUUCCGGACCAUAAGCGUUUGAGGGAAUCAAUAAAUUGUUGUU